AAUUUUCUCUCUUUAUACCUACAUUAUUAAUCUCCUCAAAAUGUCUGAUAAUCCAAGCUCAUCAAAUAAUACUGAUUGGAUGAAGGAAAUGGAUGAUGAAUUUUGGGACGACACUGACGAGCAAAUGGGGCUUUACUUAUAUCAACAAAUUUCAAAUCCGCCUAGAUCAAUCGUUCCCCGGGAUCGUGAAGGUGGUGCAGCACGCCUCUAUCGAGACUACUUUUCUCCUGAACCCGUAUAUCCUGCGUCAACGUUUCGAAGACGAUUUAGGAUGAGGAGGGAACUGUUCAUGCGUAUAGUAGAUGCACUUGAAAGUAAGUCAACAUUUUUCACGCAAAGGAGUGAUGCAGCUAAUAAAGUAGGUUUGUCUCCACUUCAAAAAUGCACCGCAGCUAUUCGCAUACUUGCUUAUGCAACCCCUGCUGAUGCUCUUGAUGAGUAUAUUAAAAUUGGUGAGAGCACUGCUAUUGAAUGUUUAUUUAAAUUUUGUCGUACUAUUAUUGAAGUUUUUGGAGGGGUUUACAUGAGAAAACCAACUUAUAAUGAUGUUCAGCGACUGCUAAAGUUGCAUGAAGAGUGUCAUGGUUUUCCUGGCAUGCUCGGUAGUCUUGAUUGCAUGCAUUGGGCUUGGAAAAAUUGUCCGGUCGCAUGGAAAGGUCAGUACACACGAGGUGACCACGGACAUCCUACAAUAAUGCUUGAAGCAGUCGCCUCGGUGGACCUUUGGAUAUGGCAUGCAUUUUUUGGUGUGGCUGGUUCGAACAACGACCUUAAUGUCUUGAGUAGAUCAAACUUGUUUCAGGAGAGUUUACAAGGAGUUUCUCCUGAAGUUCAUUUCACUAUUAAUGGUAGUGACUACAAUAUGGGGUACUAUCUUACAGAUGGUAUAUAUCCUGAAUGGGCUGCAUUCGUUAAAAGCUUCCCACACCCUCAAGACCCCAAGAGAAUAUGCUUCAAACGUAAACAUGAAAGUGCAAGAAAAGAUGUGGAGAGAGCAUUUGGAGUACUUCAAGCUCGUUUUGCAAUAGUUCGUGGACCAGCACAGUGUUGGCAUAAAAGUAAGCUCCACGAUAUUAUGGAAGCGUGUAUUAUAUUGCAUAAUAUGAUUGUUGAAGAUGAGAGACACACAUACUCGCGAAACUUUCCCGACUAUGAUUUUUCACCACAUGCUGUUGAGGACGUUCAACAUGGACAUGCUCAAGAUUUUCAAGCAUAUCUCGCAAGGGAUAUAGCCAUCCGGGAUAGACAAAUGCAUCAUCAACUCAAAGCGGAUCUUGUCGAACACAUUUGGACACGUUUUGGAAGCCAAGAUGAUAAUUAAUGUGUUGUUUAAAUUCCUAAAUAUGCCAUGUUGUUCUUUUCCUUCAAAAAAUUUUAUGGGUUUGUAAUUCAAGCAUAUUUUCAGAUUUUAUAUUUAUCUUUAAUCGACUUUUUUUUUUUCCACAAGACGUAUAAUUUUUUUUUUCCAAUUUGUGCUUUUAUUUACUCUUUUAUAAAUUUUAUAUGUACUAAAAAUUUAUCUACAAUUUUGUUCCAAUUAAUAAUAAGUGAGUAUUGUGUCAAAAAUAAAAUACAAAAGAUGAAUGACAAGUGGGACCUACUCAAGCUAAAUGGAGUUUGGCUAAACCAUUGGAGGUGUUUUGGCUUAAAGUAUACUUUAGCUAGAUAAAUCUAGGUGGCAUUUUAAGCCAAACUCCAUUUUGCUUACCAUUGGAGUUGCU